CUAGCGGUGCCUCCAGCCAGCUCUAGCAAGGCCAGGGUUGACUUGCGGUCACAACGCAACGUAUCCCGCUGGGAACCAGGAUUCCAAACAGAUACAGUGUUGCAAAGAUACAACAACAAGGACCAGGCUCACAUUCUAGUGCAGUCCAGUGCAGUCUUCUCUCCAACUCUAAACUCCACCCACGCAACCAGAGACCGACUAACUGCCAGCGGGCGCAACCUUUUCUUUUACCUGACGACUUUCUUGUUCGUGGAGAAAUUUUGAACUCGCUGAGAAACAUCUGUGGGCGGCGCAGACCGUUCCUUCUUGACUCUGGCGGCUUCAAAUUAUUUUCCAGCUCGGAUUUUACGUUCGCAAGAGGCGCUGUAGGUUACUGCAGUACGUAAAUUUGCAGCUGCAGGCCUGUGCUGGCUUGCAGUUCGCUGGAGUUUAGUUUGGGGUUUCCACAAUUUACAUCUUUGUUGUUGGGUGCGAAGUGAUUGUGUCAAUUUUCUGGAUUCCUACCAGCCGUGUGUGUGUAGUGUGUGUGACUCGGUAACUCUCUGGGUCUCAAGUCAAGCCAAGAGUUCUUCCAGGAUCGUGCCCUCCUUGGAUUUAUAGCUGGUUCACUCAAGAAGUGGAGGUCAAGUCUAAGAAGAACAUCUUGAAGCCAGCAUGUUGGGAGUAGGAGGAGUCGGGCUCGUGCUGGCCACCGCAGUGUUGGCGCUUGUUCCCUCGGGGAGCGAAGCUUGUCCCUCCCGAUGCCUCUGUUUCCGGACGACGGUGAGGUGCAUGCACCUUCAACUGGACCGCAUCCCGCAAGUGGCGCCUACCACCACCAUACUAGACCUGAGAUUUAACAAGAUAAGGGAGAUCCCUCCCGGGGCGUUUGAGGGCCUGCUGUCACUCAACACACUGCUGCUCAACAAUAAUGACAUCAGAAAAAUUCCAAGAGGUGCUUUUCAGGGACUCUCCUCUUUAAAAUACUUGUAUCUCUACAAAAACAAAAUCAGACACAUAGACAGACAAGCCUUCGUAGGACUCUCAUCACUAGAGCAACUAUACAUCCAUUUCAAUGAAAUUGAGCAGCUCCUGCCCAACACCUUCAGCAACCUGCCGUCUCUCGAAAGACUAUUUCUCCACAACAACAAGCUUGCAAGAAUACCAGCCGGGACGUUUUCCAACCUCCACUCACUAAAAAGAUUGAGACUGGACUCUAAUGAUCUGGUGUGUGACUGCCAUUUGAUUUGGAGACUGGAUUCCAAUGACUUGGUGUGUGACUGCCAGCUGAUGUGGCUAGCUGAGCUGUUAAAGAAGUACAGCUUUUUGGGCAGCAAAUCAUCUUCUGGAAAAUGA